UCUGAGCUUGGCUUCAAGUCCCUGAUGGGCGUUGAGCACCUGUGAGCGCCCAGGCGAGGAGAGGAGCCAGGACCAUGUGGCUGUGCCCUGCUCUGCUCCUUGUCAUCCUGUCAGGCUACUCCACUGUUGGGAAUCCACUCAUUGGUCCGGGAACAGCAAGAGGCCCGGAGAGGGGCUCACUGACCGUGCAGUGUCGCUAUGGCCCAGGAUGGGAAACCCACAGGAAGUGGUGGUGUCGAGGGGCUCGUUGGGGCCGCUGUAAGAUGCUUGUUGAGACCACUGGAUCAGAGCAGGAGGUGAGGAAGGGCCAUGUGUCCAUCAGAGACAAUCAGAAAAACCACAUGUUCACCGUGACCAUGGAGGGGCUCAGGAGAGACGAUGCUGACACUUACUGGUGUGGGAUCGAGAGAACUGGAGCUGACCAUGGGGUCCGAGUUGAGGUGACCGUUGACCCAGACACACAAAAUUCAGCCCCAGAAAGGACAACCACGGUGGCAAGUGUGGCUUUCACAUCGUCAACCAGUACGAAGACCACCAGCCCCCUCACCAGGUCCCUGCUCGGCAGCACCUACUUCCUGCUACUCGUACUCCUGGAGCUGCCCCUGAUCCUGAGCAUGCUGGGUGCCGUCCUCUGGGUGAACAGGCCCUGGAGAAGCUGUGCGGGGAGGCCGGGUUGGCGCGCUGAUGAGAACCAGUAGCCCCGAUGCCCUCGGAUGCCCUGUCCAGAGAGAGCCUCCGACAGAAGAAGAGCAUUUCUAACAGGAAGUGACAGUGGUUCUAGAGGCAGGGCCAGCCUAGCUUUAGGGAACAGCCCCCACGACCCCUGGCCUGUAGUUGUACCUCCUGGGGCUCGGGGACUCGCCCUGGCCCCUGCUUCUCUGCAUAGCUCCUGGGGCCUGACAGAGCCUUCCUUUCUCCGGAGGCCUGCAGCGCAGUAGAAAAUGCAUUUCCUCCCGGGCGCCCCGUCCAUGGCAGCCACAUGUAAUCUCCAGUCCGAGGCACCUUCCACGUUAGUGGACUUUCUUUUGCCUUCGUGGGGUUCAGGGCUCCAGGCAAGAACGGGUUUCGGAAUUCUAAACCCCAUGAAAACAGAGAAACCGAACCAAACUCUGGACCACCUGUGCGUGAAGACUUGAAUGCGUGGUGAGCAGAGGCUCUGGCUGCCCGGCCGGCUGCACUUUUGCCCCUUGACGGGGAGGGAAGUCUGGAGCCAGCCCCAUCCCUCACCUCCUGGACAUGCACAAGUGGACAUGAGAUUGGAUGUCACAUCCUCUCUAUGGUCACCAUAACCCUCCUGUUAAUGUCACUAAGUUGUCUUACCUCUCUUGAGAGCACUGCAGUCAGGCUGCUACUCUCACUUUGGGGUACAUGGGCGAUAACCAUGCAUUUUGGGGACUGUGGAGUAAUCCACAGAUGAGAUACUGGAGCAGGAACAGAGCUGGCCACUGUGAGCCGGGGGGCCAGAGAGAGGGGUGAGUCUGGGAGACGUGUCCCGGUUCUCGUAAGGACCCCAGACUGAGAAUUCUCCAGGAUGGAUGGAAGCUUUUCCCGAUGCAUAAUUCUAUAAGGACGCCGGUGAGUCACUUUAUAAAGAGAAAAAGACAACUGUUUCCUUCCUCUCAAGCUCCUCCCCCUGGACUUUUCCUUCCAGGCAGCUCCAGGGCCAAAAAGAGGCCACUAACCUGAAGGUGGGAUAGGGAACUGGCAGGCCCUGCCCGAUAAGGAGUCAUAAGACCCGAACCAAGGUCUCUGAUCAAACAGGAGGUGGUGGAGAAACCGGCCAAAACCAGUUAGAGCCAAGAUGGCGAUGAAAACUGGCCUCAGGUUACCCUCACUGCUCGCUAUACCCUGCUCAUAGUGCAUUCGUGUACUGAAAGAAACCCCCGCCAGCGCUGUGACAGUUUGCAAACGCCAUCGCAUGUCCAGGAAGUUACCCUAUAUGGUUUAAAAGAGGAGGAACUUCGGGUUCCAGGAACUCCCCGCCCCUUUCCCAGAAAUCUUAUGAAUAAUCCUCCCUCUGCUGAACAUA